AUGAAGAAUCAUCAUGAUAACAAGGAAAAUUUGAAGGAGAAUGAAAAUUUAAUCUCCUCCCGAACCAAUACAGGGACAUCAAUUCCUCAACAGGUUAAACGACAGCCUUUGCAAGAACUCUCCACUCUUAAUCACGGACUAAACUCGAGAAUAAGUGCUACUCUCCAUAAUAAUCAAUUGAAGAAACCAUCUGAUAUUCAUAUUGAGCUUUCUCCGGAAAGAAAAAAGAGAAGAAAUAUUACCUCAACAAGCAUUUCCCAUCCCAUAAAUAGUCAUCCAAAUGUAAAUUUGAUAUGCAAAUCUGAUAGACUCAAAGAACAGAGGCAAUUAGAGUUGAAGAUAUUGCAACAACGCGAAAAUCAGCAAUUGAAGUACUAUAUUUUUGAAUCAUUGGAUCACUCAAUGGACACAUCGUGCAUAACACUAUUUCGCAAGAUUCUUCCAAAGCUCACUCCUUUAAUAGAAGCAACAAAAACCAUUCAUGCUAAAUACUGUAUUGAGAAAUCUCUGGAUAUUUGUAGAUAUUGCUAUAUUUGCGAACAUUUAUUUAGCAUGGUAGGUGAUUGCAACUGUUUUUCAAGACAAUAUAUGAAAUAA